AAAAAGUUUGUAAACAAGUAUUGAAAUGAAUUGAACGUAUGAUUUGAAUGAUUGAUAUCUUUUUAGAUGAAAGUGACCACAAAAUGAUGACAAUAUUGGCUUUAAAGUCAUCGUUAAGACAUUUUUAUCCGCUUAUAAUCAAACAAACGCCAAGACUUUGUGUCUUAAGAUGUUUCUCAUCAAAAGUUUUACACAACAAACCAAUUAUCAACAUUAGAGACGUCGAAGACAAAGAUGAAAAAGAUUUGUCGAAAGUUAAAGUGACUCUUAAAGAUGAAAACGGUUUGAUUUUGGGCGUAAAAUCAAUGUUUGAAUCCUUACAUUUGGCCAAAAAGUUGAGCUUAAAUUUAAUUGAAGAAAAAGAUCCAAACGCUCACCACAAGUAUCAAGUAAUGAAAAUGGUGUCCAAUAAAUAUUUGGCACAAAUGGACAGCAUAUCUAUUGAUAUCGAUGACAUCGGUGACCAUAAAAGUGGUGACAGUUAUAGCAAAAGCAGUACCAAAGUUGAGGUCAAACGGCUGUUAUUUUCGGCUAAACUUAAUGAUAACGAUUUGAUGACCAAAAUCAAGGCAUGUAAGCGAUGGUUAGCGAAGGGACACUUUGUGUCCAUCAUUGUCACCAACUCUGGCAAUAAUCAGAAAAAUUUGGAAAUGAUUUAUAAUAAAUUUGAAGAAGAAUUGAAAGCAUUUGCAAAAUUUAAUCAAAAGAAAAUUAAAAACAACAAUAAUCUGAAGUUUAUGAUUGUGACAACUGAUCAAACAAAAGAUCUUUUGAAAGAACAUAUCGAUGAUCAUCACAUCAGCGAUAGUCAGAUUGAUGUCCAAAAUAUGGAUCCAAACAGACUGUUGAGCGAUGAGUUUGAAAAACAAUUGAAUGAAUCCGAAAAAAAAUAAUUUA